CGGAAUCGCUCCUUCAACUCAGCGGGGCAGGAGGAGUUAGUUACCAAAGAGCGGAGGCUGGGCGCGCGACCCUCGUCCUUCUGCCCCUGGCCGCACACUUUGCGCACAUCUCUUUUCUGCAUGGUGGAUAUUAUUUUUCAUUAUCCUUUUCUGGGUGCUAUGGGGGAUCAUUCCAAGAAGAAGCCCGGGACGGCCAUGUGCGUGGGCUGCGGGAGUCAGAUCCACGACCAGUUUAUCCUGCGGGUGUCGCCCGACUUGGAGUGGCACGCCGCCUGCCUCAAGUGCGCGGAGUGCAGCCAGUACCUGGACGAGACGUGCACGUGCUUCGUGAGAGACGGGAAGACCUACUGCAAGCGGGACUAUGUCAGGCUGUUCGGCAUCAAGUGCGCCAAGUGCCAGGUGGGCUUCAGCAGCAGCGAUCUAGUGAUGCGAGCGCGGGACAGCGUCUAUCACAUCGAGUGCUUCCGCUGCUCCGUGUGCAGCCGCCAGCUGCUGCCCGGCGACGAGUUCUCGCUGCGGGAACACGAGCUGCUCUGCCGCGCGGACCAUGGCCUCCUGCUGGAGCGCGCCGCGGCCGGCAGCCCGCGCAGCCCCGGCCCCCUCCCCGGCGCCCGAGGCCUGCAUCUGCCAGACCCCGGGUCGGGCCGGCAGCCCUCGCUGCGCCCGCACGUGCACAAACAGACGGAGAAGACAACCCGCGUGCGGACCGUGCUCAACGAGAAGCAGCUUCACACUCUGCGGACCUGCUAUGCCGCCAACCCGCGGCCCGACGCGCUCAUGAAGGAGCAGCUGGUGGAGAUGACCGGCCUGAGCCCACGGGUCAUCCGCGUCUGGUUCCAGAACAAGCGUUGCAAGGACAAGAAGAAAUCCAUCCUCAUGAAGCAGCUGCAGCAGCAGCAGCACAACGACAAGACGAGCCUCCAGGGAUUGACCGGAACGCCCCUGGUGGCGGGCAGCCCCAUCCGUCACGAGAGCGCUGUGCAGGGCAGCGCAGUGGAGGUGCAGACCUAUCAGCCACCUUGGAAAGCCCUCAGCGAGUUUGCCCUCCAGAGUGACCUGGACCAACCGGCCUUCCAGCAGCUGGUCUCCUUCUCUGAGUCUGGCUCGCUAGGCAACUCCUCCGGCAGCGAUGUGACCUCCCUGUCCUCGCAGCUCCCGGACACCCCCAACAGCAUGGUGCCGAGUCCCGUGGAGACGUGAGAGGACCCCGUCCACGCCAGCCCGCGGACCUCGCAUGCCCCCUGCAUGAGACUCACCCGUGCUCAAGCCAUUCCAGCUCCGAAAACUCUCUCGCCCUUGUAAUUAUUAUUAUUGUUAUUUAACGAGAGAGGACAGAGAAGCGGUCAGGACAGCCCAAAGCUCCAGGAUACAACCUGCUUUUCACCAGACCGGAGAGCCCUAAUUCGAGAACUUUUAUUUUUUCAAAACCAGAAUUUGGGAUUUACUAGCGUUAGCUCUGCCCUCUCCUCUUCCCUCGCUCCGCGUGGCCAGCGCCGUUCUGUCCGCGCCCCCCCACGCGUGGAGAACAGGCGGGGCGCAUCCGGCGCGGGGCCCGGAGCUCGUUCAGGCGGGUUCCUGCCCCAAAGCCGGCAGCUUUGUCCGGGCUCUAAGCGGGGACAAUCCAAAUGGAACAGACACUGAAUCCCCAAAGCGCAUGAUUGCUGGAAAAAGUAGAAACGAGACUUUCCUUGAAAAUGUUUUAAAUUAUCAGUCGACGGAGGACAGAGUGUGUGAGCCUUUGCCGAACAAAACGUAAGUUAUUGUUAUUUAUUGUGAGAACGGCCAGUUCACAGUGGGAUGGAUAUUUUGAUCUUAAUAAAAAAACAAUAAUA